UCUUAACCUUCUCAGGUGGAACAGUAGGGGAGAGCAAGGGUUUUGCAGAGUAGAACCUGGUAGGGCCGUAGGGGUUUUUUUCGCGGCUUGCAGAGAACCAGAGAGGGUUUUGAGCUACGAGGGCCGCCAAUUGUUUCAGUCUUUCAGAGAAGUUGAAAGCCGCUGGUUUGGUUAAUACCAUGGCAACUAGGUUGCAGUUCGAGAAUUCAUGUGAAAUUGGGGUCUUCUCCAAGCUGACAAAUGCUUAUUGCUUGGUCGCCAUAGGUGGAUCAGAAAACUUUUACAGCACGUUCGAAUCUGAGCUCGCAGAUGUCAUUCCAGUAAUUAAAACCUCCAUAGGUGGAACCCGGAUAGUUGGACGGCUUUGUGCUGGAAACAAAAAUGGGCUUAUUUUGCCUCAUACUACUACUGACCAAGAGCUUCAACACUUGAGAAACAGUUUGCCAGAUGGUGUUGUUGUUCAGCGUGUUGAUGAGAGAUUGUCUGCUCUGGGCAACUGCAUUGCUUGCAAUGACCAUGUUGCUCUUACACACACAGAUCUUGAUAGGGAAACUGAAGAGUUGAUCGCUGAUGUUCUUGGAGUUGAAGUCUUUAGGCAGACAAUUGCCGGAAACAUCCUUGUUGGCAGCUAUUGUGCUUUUUCUAAUAGAGGUGGAUUGGUACAUCCUCAUACAUCUAUUGAAGACUUGGACGAGCUUUCAACUCUCCUCCAGGUUCCUCUGGUGGCUGGAACUGUGAAUCGUGGGAGUGACGUGAUUGCUGCCGGAUUGACAGUGAAUGACUGGACAGCGUUCUGUGGCUCUGAUACCACCGCAACGGAGUUGUCUGUCAUUGAGAGCGUGUUCAAGUUGAGGGAGGCUCAACCUAGUGCUAUUGUCGAUGAAAUGCGAAAAUCGUUGAUUGACAGCUAUGUCUAAAGUUUUGUUCACAUUUAAGCAUCCUUGGCACCAAUACUAUAUAGAAGGGAAUUGAUUUUUCUGCUCUUUGCUUUGUUCUUGUGUUUGUAAUGUUGAAAUGAUGUUGUCAUGGUAAUCAAAUACAUUUGUUUUAAAGUGUUA